UUGGCUUGUAUUGUUCUGCCUUAGCUUUAUUUGCAUAGUAUGUGCCCAUUGUCUUAGGCAUUCUUUGUUUUAAUAGUAACACCAGCUCAGUGUGCUUGUUAAGAUGAAAGUAGCUCAGCCUUAUGCACUUGGAACCAGAGACAAGUGUACCGUUUUAAACUCAGAAAUUUUAGUCAAAAUAACAUGACAGGAGUAUUGUAUAACGUAGAUAUGGUGGCUUCCCCAGACACAACCGUCCAUGAACAUAUUCCAGAGAAUGACCUUUCUUCUAUCAAAAUGGAACCUCAGUGUCCUGAUGAUGUUUCUGAAACUGAUGAUGCAAACGAAAUUAAAAUCGACUCGCCGGCUGAACCACCGAAGAUAAAUAAGAGAUCACGACCACGACCAGACUACAUGCGGCAUGUCAAAUCUCCAUUUUCUUAUAUCGAGAUGAUAACUUAUGCCAUCGUGUCGAAUCCCAAUACUAUGAUGACGCUACAGGACAUUGUAAGUUUCAUGUCGAAAGCUUUUUAUUGCCUUCGUGGGGGUUACGAAGGAUGGAAGAACAGUGUGCGUCAUACUUUGAGUAUCAACGAUUGUUUUAAAAAAGUUCUUCGUCGUCCGGAUAGGCCGUCGGGAAAGGAUAACUUUUGGACUAUGAAUGAAGAUUGUAACCAUUGUAAAUUGUCAGAAGUUGAAAACAAUUGGAGUGACUUAAAAAUACGUUAUCAGCAAUAUGUACAGGACGUUAGUGAAACAGUAGAUUCGUCAGUUGAAUACCAGCAACUUAUAUCUAGACCUACACCAAAUUCCAGAUUUGAAAAGGGUAUCAACUUGAUGAAGAAAUCAACAACUCAAGCUGCUGCGAGUCCAGUACAUCGUGUUUACCACCAAGUAGAUUACCACUCUAGUUAUAUGCCAAUGUUUACGCCUCUUAUGAUGAACGCGAUGUCCGUUAUGGACCGAUCAGAGAGUCAGUCACUCGCAUAUCCAGUGGAUCUUUCUGUUCCCACACAAAACAAUCGAAAACGACCAUCUUUUGAUGAUGAACCGCUUGACCUAAGUGUAAAAAGAAAGAAAACUUCUCCUUCGAACACGGAAACAAUUCCUAAAUACGAGUUCAAUCUGAGAAGCUCACCCGCAAGCUCACUAAAUGGAUCUUAUUCACCAGACUGUCACAGUCCUCAACUAUUUAAUACGAACUCUAAAAUGUUUUCUACACGGAGCUCAAGUCCAGAACAUUGUCUAUUUAGAAGCAAGGUUCAUUUCCCUCUGAAUAUUGAUAGAACCAGGUUCCUGAACAACAUGAAUGGACGUAUGUAUGAAUGCGAUCAGGAAGGAAGACUUGGAUUGGUACAAAGUAUUGAUGACCCAAAAAGGCCGAUCUAUAUACUAAGCAGCAUUCCUCGUCCUGCAGGUCAUACAACAAAGGGAUACUAACGCACUGUGCGAUGAAUAGGCUGGUGAUGGACACUCAACUCUAAAUUUUAAAGCCCUUACGGAUAGCGUCGACGAUCGUCGCGUUUACAUGCCUAAUAAUGUGCCCAUUGAUAUCAAGGCCUUUGAGCAUUAUUACAUCUUUAAUAUAGUCACUUACUAAAUACAUUUUCUCCAAUAAAUCUUCCAAUCGAAAUAUUUAUGGACAGUAUGAAAUCUGAUUGGAACAACGAAUAUUAGGAAUAUAACACGCUAUGCACUAAGUGCUAUGAACGAUCAAAUUGAUUUAAUUAAUUAAUUAGUUAUCAAACUGAAAAUUACAUAGUUUUUAAUGAUGAAAAUCAAGCUAAACUGGUCGUGAAAUUGUAAAUAAUUUUAAAAAUGAAAAUAUUGAAAAUAUUUGCAUAUAUUCUAAAUGAGUUCGAUUCGUUCAAUAAAGUAUAUGUGAUUAUGAGUUCA